AGGGGCGGGGGGCGGGCCGGCAGAGGGCGGGGCCGGCGCGAGGGGCGGGGUCAGCGCCGAGGCCGCGGGGGCAGCGACGGCGCCGGGCAGCGGGAGCGGCGGCCACGCCAUGUGGCUGCUGGGGCCGCUGUGCCUGCUGCUGAGCAGCGCCGCGGAGAGCCAGCUGCUUCCCGGGAACAACUUCACCAACGAGUGCAACAUUCCAGGCAACUUCAUGUGCGGCAACGGGCGGUGCAUCCCGGGCGCCUGGCAGUGUGACGGGCUGCCCGACUGCUUCGACAAGAGUGACGAGAAGGAGUGCCCGAAAGCGAAGUCCAAGUGCGGCCCCACGUUCUUCCCCUGCGCCAGCGGCGUCCACUGCAUCAUCGGCCGCUUCCGGUGCAACGGGUUUGAGGACUGUCCUGACGGCAGUGACGAGGAGAACUGCACGGCCAACCCCCUGCUCUGCUCCACGGCGCGCUACCACUGCAGGAACGGCCUCUGCAUCGACAAGAGCUUCCUCUGCGACGGGCAGAACAACUGUCAGGACAACAGUGACGAGGAGAGCUGCGAGAGUUCCCAAGAGCCGGGCAGCGGACAGGUGUUCGUGACCUCGGAGAACCAGCUGGUGUACUACCCCAGCAUCACCUACGCCAUCAUCGGCAGCUCCGUCAUCUUCGUGCUGGUGGUGGCCCUGCUGGCUCUGGUGUUGCAUCACCAGCGAAAGAGGAACAACCUCAUGACGCUGCCCGUGCACCGGCUGCAGCACCCGGUGCUGCUGUCCCGCCUGGUGGUCCUGGACCACCCCCACCACUGCAACGUCACCUACAACGUCAACAACGGCAUCCAGUACGUGGCCAGCCAGGCAGAGCAGAACGCCUCGGAAGUGGGCUCCCCGCCCUCCUACUCGGAGGCCCUACUGGACCAAAGACCUGCGUGGUAUGACCUUCCUCCACCACCCUACUCCUCUGACACCGAGUCCCUGAACCAAGGCGACCUGCCUCCUUACCGCUCACGGUCUGGGAGCGCGGACAGCGCCAGUUCCCAGGCAGCCAGCAGCCUCCUCAGCGUGGAAGACACUGCCAGCCACAGCCCAGGGCAGCCUGGCCCUGCGGAGGGUACCGCUCAGCCCAGGGACUCUGUGCCCACUGAGGGCACUGAACAAGUAUAAAUCCAGCGGUUCCAAAGUCCACAUGGGCUCAUCUGCUCCAACGUGUUACAUUCUAGCAACUUGUGCCCAUGAGAAGCUGCUGAAGCUCCUUUCAGGGUGUCUCAAGUUGAAGUUGGCCGUGUCAGCUGCCUCCCCAUUCAUCUCCUUCCCUACAUGGCGGGAUAUUCUUUGGAGGGAGACCUGGCAUUUUUCUGGCUUCUUAGUUGACAUGAAGCAUGGCCAUCUUUUGUGUGAGGUCACUGUUCCUACGGGGCCCACAGUCAUAGCCUCAUGUUCCACGUCAUUCUGUUAAUGUUGGAAUCCCUCUGAGCAGCAGAUGCAGAUCUGUGGGCAGCARGAUGCAAUGAUCUUUGAGAAGCAGUGUCUCUGUGCCGUGUUGCAUGUCCAGAAGGGCAGAAGACACUGGACCAGGUUUUCUGCUGGGCUGCACCCUCGUAGCUCCACUUGGGGAUCUGGGUUAGGUGGUCUUACCAGGAGGCCAUCACUGGAGGGCCACCCUAAAAUGCGUCCAAGUGCACAUCAAACCUGCCUGGCAUCAUCCUAGCUUUGCUCUCACUUCAGCAGAGGCAGUGGCCAAAGAAAACUUUGACAUGAGGACACCCUYUGGCUCUCAGCAGUGUCAUUUUGGUUUUGUGAAGGACCCUGGGUAGAUUCUGGCUUUAAAAAUGUGCCCCAGAAUCCUUGUUUGGAGAGCAUGUUCCAGCGUGUGGAUCAUCAGCCUCRACCCAGAGAAGUAUCUGAUGAGUUUGACCAAGUUCUCUGCACCAACAUGCUAUCAGAACCUGGGUCUGUGUGGCCCCAUGGUCCUCUCCCUGGCUUCAGCAGGUCACRCCUCCAGCUGACCUGCUGUAGCCAAAGGAUGAGGACUCAACCGGAGUUAGCCAACAAUCUGAUCUGGCCCUUUUCCCCAGUAGACCACACCCUGCCUGUCUUGCUCAUCCAUACAACUUCAACCCCAGGCUCCCAAGUUCCCUCUCUACCCCAGAUUUCACCUGUGCAUUUGGAUCUGAGGAAACAAGAGCCAUAUUCAGUACCUCCCCUGAGAGCUCCCAGCAACCUAUGCGGCUCACACCCUCCUACCCAAUGUCCAGGACCAGAGCGCCAAGUUAGGGUCAGGGUCGGGUCCCUCCUAACAUCCCCAUAGAAUUUCUCCUCUGAGACACAUGGGCAAAUAGACAGUUUGGAGUCAAGAUUUUCCAUUUGGAUUUUUAAAAAUCUCUUAGAAAUGCAUUUGAAACAGUGUGUUUGUUUUUUUUUUUCCCUUCUAGUUAAGGGACUAUUUAUAUGUGUAUAGGAAAGCUGUCUCUUUUUUUGUCUUGUUUUUUCUUUAGUAAGGUCCAAAGAAAAUGCAAAAUGAUAAGUCACCCCAGGCCGACCAGUGUGCCAAGCAUUUGUGCGUUGUCGUCGCGCUUUGAGGUUAUUAUUUAUGGAGUCCUUGAAGGAUGCAGACAGACGUGUCCUUCAGUUCUAGUCUAUAUUUGUGCUAGUUUUCCUUCUUCUCUAUGCCUAGCCAGCCACAGGCCCCACCCUGUGAGGGA